AUGGCUCUGAUAUGCCGUCACGAUAUCCUGCUCUUCUUUGCUAACAUUGAUUUACCUGGCGAGCAACAGAAAUACGCCAUAGCACUCAUCGAGCAUCUGUUUACUCUAUUGCUGCAGGAAGCCACUGUCAUUGCCCUGUAUGAUGUUGGUUGUGUUCUCUCACGGUCAUUAUCUCAAUGGGUGUGUCAGCUCAAGUAUAACCCUCGCAUGUGCAAUGGUCUUGGCCUCUCAGACAGGGAGGGAACUGAAAGACUAUGGUCAAGGUUCGUCAAAUUAAUUGGCAUUCAAAGGUCAUCAUCGGUGAGUGCCAUUGGUCUUGAGAUGCAAACAGAUCUUGGCAAUUUGAUUAAACAGUGGCUCAAGCAUGGAGUUAAUGGUCAGGGAAAAAAGGAGCUUGACAUUGUCCUUACUUUGCAGGCUGAUUUAGAUGCAUUGGACAGGGCAUUGCAACUCACAUGGACCAUUGUAGAGAAGGGCUCGGCUACUGAAGAAACCUUAGAUGCUCUGGAGAGCCUCAAGCACAGCCAUGAUCACUUGAUGAGCAAGGUUGAAACAUCAUAUUCCUCUCUCAAUGUUCAUGACAGAUUUCCAGAACUUCAGGGCAUUGAUUUGGAUUUUGUUCGAACCCUUCUUAUGCUACAUCAGCAGACACGUAAGGCUAUUGCUAAGUGCCAGCUGGCCUUGAUGACAGUGAUUUGCAAGUUUAACUCCUAUUUGUCCAGCAAUUGUUGUAUCUCUACACCGUCCUGGGGUGUCCUGCUUCCUACUCCUCUCCCUACUAAGCUCACUGAUCUUCGCAAAGAUCAGACACUGAUGGAGGAUGUUUGGAUCACUCCAUCUGUUGAAGAUGUCCCUCGUUGGAUCAAAGACACUGAUGUAAGAGAUGGCAUUCAAGUGUUGCUUAAACAGGAACGGUGCCAUGAAGAGCAGCACUGCAUUGGGCUCAAAGCAGAUAACCUUUGUCAAUGGUUUGGAGCUGAGCUCGCUGUGCUAGAACUUGCUCUCCACUCUCCUACAAGUAAGCAAUUUCAUUUACAUCGAUGA